AUGGAGUCCCAGGACGAACACCAAAAUGAAUCAUCUUCGCAAGGUGCUCAGGGCCACGGGGCUGGUCCCGAAGCUCCCAGUGGCAAUAGUCCUCCAAAAGAUACUGACGUGGGCGCCGAAGGCCAUGGAAACCAUGACUCAACCUACGGCGGCAGUGAAGGGACCGGCAUGUCUGCAUCGCUGGCAUCUACUGUCUUUGACUAUAAUGGGAGGCGGUACCAUCGCUUCCGCGAAGGAGCCUACGCUCUACCCAACGACGAACAGGAACAAGAGCGACUCGACAUGCUGCACCACAUUUUCCGACUGAUUCUCAAGGGCGCGCUCUACACGGCGCCAAUCACCAACCCACAGAACGUGCUCGACUUCGGCACAGGCACAGGGAUCUGGGCGCUAGAUUUUGCCGACGAACAUCCAUCAGCAGAGGUUCUAGGUACCGAUCUGAGCCCGAUCCAGCCGACAUGGAUCCCGGCCAACUGUCGAUUCAUGAUCGACGACGCCGAAAGCGACUGGGAAUAUCCCAAACCAUUCGAUUACAUCCACCAGCGCAACAUGGUCGGCAGCUUUAGUGACUGGGAGCGUCUGUACCGGCAGGCGUACGACCAUUUGGCGCCCGGAGGAUGGUUCGAGGCCCAGGAGUUUGAAAUCUGGUUCUUCAACGAGGGCGAUCCGCUGCCUGCCGACACCCCGGUGUUUGAGUGGCCGAGAUUGCUGGAUGAAGCGAGCUCCAAGUUUGGGAAGCGGCUGAGGUGUAUUGAGGAGAUGAAGGAUGCUUUUCAAAAGGCGGGCUUUGUUGAUGUGGCCCAUGAUGUGUAUAAGAUCCCUAUUGGGAGGUGGGCCGACGACAAGGAUGGCAAGGAACUAGGUAUGUAUCUCCAGGCUCAGUUGUUUGAUUCGGUCGAGGGGGUCUCGAUGGCUCUUUUUACGAGAGUCCUCGGGUGGACUAAGGAACAGACGCUCGAGUUUGGGGAGCGUGUCCGUAAGGAUCUUGGGGAUGAUAGUAAGCGGUUGUAUGGGAAUUGUCAUUUCUUGAGAGGAAGGAAGCCGAAGAGUGAGGAGGUCACCGGAAGCUGA